AUGACCACAUCAUUGUUGAUACUGUCUAUGGCUCUGAUAGCGAUCGCGUCAUGUGGUCGUUUAGAACCUCAGUACCUUCCACCACGUCCAGGUGGCGGCGGCGGUAGUGGAGGAGGAAGUGGUGGCCAAGGCGGAGGUUUUGGCGGUGGAGCUGGAAAUGGAGGACUCGGUGGUGGUUUUGGUUCUGGAGGCGGCGCAGGAAAUGGAGGACUCGGGGGUGGAUUCGGUGGCUCCAGCGGUAGUGGAUCGUUUGGCGGUGGCAGCAGCGGCAGUGGAAACCAAAUACCAAUCACUAAAUUUGAAAACGUGAACAAUGGCGAUGGAAAUUACCACUUUGAAUACGAGACUGGUAAUGGUAUAUCCGCUCACGAAAGUGGUGCACCGCGCGCCCAAGGUCCUGAAGGGCUUGCAGUGACAGCUGAGGGUGGAUUCUCGUUCCGCACACCCGACGGCCAGCAGAUUCAGCUGACAUAUACCGCUGAUGAGAACGGUUUCCAUCCCGUCGGACCACAUCUACCUACCCCGCCCCCAAUUCCAGAAGAGAUUCUUCGUUCUAUUGAGUUCAACAAGCGCAACCCAUCCUCGGGUGAGGGUUCUUACAACGGCGGUGGCAGUUCCGGCGGCAGCGGCAGCGGUUCCGGAUCGGGCGGCGCCGGUGGUGGUUACCAUUAUUAA